GCACGGUCCUCCAAUCUCUUUCACAAGCCUCUCCUUAUACCAGCUUCCUCUGGACAGCUACACUCCCUUGCACACGUGCACACGUCGUCUGGAACGACGUCCUUUGAAUUCAAUAGAAUUACAACGCUUCGACUAGCGAUCUUCACUUCAUCAUCAUGCAUUUCUCUGCUGCUACCGUUGCGGCCGCCGUUUUCGGCUUCUCCGCCUAUGCCAACGCGCACAUCAUCAUGACUAGCCCUGUACCGUACGGCAAGUCCACUCUCAACAACAGCCCUCUGUCGCCCGACGGCAGUGACUUCCCUUGCAAGCUCAGACAGGGUGCCUUUGACACCGAGGGCGCCGACAACGAGAUGCGCCUCGGUGAUCCUCAGAAGCUUGAAUUUGAGGGUAUGGCUGUCCAUGGCGGUGGCUCCUGCCAGGUCUCCAUCGCCUACACCCGUAAUCCUGACAAGGACACUAAGUUCAAGGUCAUCAAGUCCUUUGAAGGUGGCUGCCCCGCCCGCAACGUCGACGGAAACAUCCAGGGCAACACCCCCACUACUCCUCUUCCCGACAAGUACAACUUCACCAUCCCCGCCGACCUCCAGACCGGUGAGGCUACCAUCGCCUGGACCUGGUUCAACAAGGUCGGUAACCGGGAGAUGUACAUGAACUGCGCUCCUGUCACCCUGACUGGUGGCAACAGCAAGCGCGACGAACCCGUCAAGCGUGAUGCCUUGGACUCUCUGCCCGAUCUGUUCGUUGCCAACGUUGGCAAUGGCUGCAACACUGCCGAUUCCACCGACCUCGUGUUCCCCAACCCAGGAAAUGAUGUCGAGAAGAAGCCCAAUGACCAGAGCUUUGCGCCUCCGCAGGGUAACUGCCAGAGCGGCUCCGGCUCCUCCGGCAACUCCUCCUCCUCCAGCAGCGAGUCUUCUUCCACCAGCGCCGCUCAGAGCUCUAGCGCAUCCGGUGGUGUCUUCGUCACCGCGGCUGCUCCUUCCUCCUCGGCUGCCAGCGUGACCGUCAACCCCGUCAACCCCGUCACUUUCUCAACCGCCACCCGUGCUGCCGCUACCGCUGGUACUGGCGUCCCCACUGUCACCGGUUCGAGCGGUAACGGUAACGGCACCUCUACUGGCAGCUGCUCCAAGGAUCAGGCCGGUCAAACCGUCUGUUCUGCUGACGGCAAGCAGAUUGGAACCUGCAACGUUGACGGUUCCGUCGUCUUCGGCGACGUUGCUGACGGUACCGUCUGCGAGAAGGGCUACCAGGUCGCCGCGCGCAGCGUCCGCGCCCCUCGUGCCCACGUCCACCGCCGCCACGGCCACAGCCACAACUUCUAAAUGGAGAAAAAAGUUGAAUCUCUUUUUUUUUCCUUGGAUGGGCUAAGCCGUCAAAGGCAAAGUAGAUAAGAUGCGCUCGUUCGCUGGCUCGAACCUGCUCGGAUUCAUCAAAUCACGGACAUACAAAAAAAUAAAAUGGUUGCUUAUGAUUUGCUUGUCUUCCCCUGGCUCGUUUUGUGAAUAUGCAGAGCCAGGUGGGCUGGCGUUGGUGUUUGGUGUCUGGAUCUAGCAGAUAUAACCUUGGACAAUUUUCAGCUAGCGAAUUUUAGAACUCAUUCGUUCAGUCAUCAUUCUUUGAAUCUUCAUGCUACCGUGAUAGGUUGAUGCUGUGAGUCGCCGUAGAGGAGCAGUUAAGAAGACGGAUCCUUUGUCAAUCCUUGACAAGGUAGACGUCACGGUCAGCCUGGUCUGUUUGUUUUCUGAAAUGAAGCAACC